AUGGUCUUUGCAGACAUGGGGAGGCGCUCGCCAGAGCGCCGAUCCCGCGCAUCGUCUGUCGUUAGACCAACGCUGCGGCCCGCAGUCGAUACCCAAAUGCGACGCCCGUCGACACAAUCCAACAACGGAGAACUUCCGAUCAACUCGAUGAGCUUUGCGGACGAGAAGCCUGUUGCUGCUGGUAACGGUGUGUCGGUCAUUGUCUCGCUCGCUGAACCAGUCCUCUUUCUGCAAGGCUACGAUGCCAACGAUCCCUCAACCCACAGUACCACAAUGCUGAGAGGCAGCCUAUUGCUGAGAGUCACAAAGCAGGCGAAGCUAAAAUCAAUAUCCCUGAACUUCCGCGGCAAGUCGGAGACGGAUUGGCCAGAAGGAAUCCCGCCACGACGGGUAGAAUUUCGCGACACCACGGUGAUCAUGAACCACACAUGGUCCUUCUUUAACGCGCAGAUGCCAACAGCUGAGCACAGCUAUGGCGCAGAUAUUGUUCAAUUGCAGAAAGGUCCCUCUGUCGAGACGAAAGAAGUCGGUGUGACCGGGUCCUCUUUUGACCUGUUUCAGCGGAGUUCAUCGCCAGCCAAGGCGCCUACUUCACGGGAAGCUAAGAGACUGUCUCUGCAAGCAAAUCACUCUAGAAGCUUUGGUAAAGGCGAGACAGCCAGUGGUGGGCCUAGUGUGGCUCAAAGAGGUUUCAAGGUAUUCCACCCUGGUGACUAUAUCUACAACUUUGAACUGCCCCUUGAUUCUCGGCUUCCGGAAUCAAUCAGUGUCGACCUGGGAAGCGUUAAAUAUGAGUUGGAGGCUCUGGUGGAAAGAUCAGGCGCCUUCCGCGCCAACCUGGUUGGAUCAAAGGAACUCACACUCAUCCGAGCACCCUCGGAAGGUUCUCUGGAGCAAGUGGAACCGAUCGCCAUCUCGAGGAAUUGGGAAGACCAGCUCCAUUACGAUAUUGUUAUUUCCGGCAAGUCGUUUCCACUAGGAUCCAGCGUGCCAAUUGCUUUCAAGCUCACGCCUCUGGCAAAGGUUCAAUGCCACAGGAUAAAAGUCUUUGUAACCGAGAACAUCCAGUACUUUACGAACAACAAGAAGGUCCAUCGGUUAGAACCAACGAGGAAGGUUCAGCUUUUUGAAAAGAGGGCCGAAAGCCACAGCACUAGCUCGUACCCCGGUAGCUCGAUGCGCAUUCUUUCCGGCGGUGGUAUCCCUUACGAUUACAGACAGGCCGCGGCUGGCGGAGAUGAGAACGUACCACACGACAAUAGCAAUCUGCUGGGAAACCUCGACGCUGACUCCGUGAGCAUCGGCCCUACUGAGAUGGAAUUCAACGUGCAGCUACCAAGUUGCUAUCAAAUGAAGGAGAAGCUGAGAAGUGAACGUCUGCAUUUUGACACAACCUAUUCUAAUAUACAGGUGAAUCACUGGAUCAAGAUCGUAAUGAGACUGUCGAGACCUGACGAAAACGACUCGACAAAGCGGCGACACUUCGAAAUUUCCAUAGACUCACCGUUCAACAUCCUGUCUUGCCGGGCAACGCAGGCGAACAUUUCUCUGCCGGCCUAUUCUGCUGGUGGUCCUAACGCAGCACCAACAGACGAGUACGAUUGUGGAUGCCCCGGUGCUGCUUUGAUCAGACGAAACACGCCUCCAACUGGUACGCAGCAAGUAACGACGGGUGCCAGUGGUUCUAGCACCAAUCUGCCCAAUCCAGGGGUUUCACGGAGCUGGACGAAUGACGAUGGUGGCCUCGCUAUGCCCUCACAGGCUCACUUUGCCAAUGAUCCGAACUCCGGAGCUCCGAGACCAAUGCACCUACUUCGCGUGCCCUCAUUCAAUCCUCCGGGCUUCGAUGAAGAUGAUCCGCCACCUCCACUGGUAACUCCACCACCUCUAUAUGAUAAUGUGGUGGACUAUCCGGGUGAUGCUCUUGCCGACUAUUUCGCCCGUCUCGCUGACGAGGAAGACGAGCGUAGCGAUCGAUCCCGCAUAGAUGUACCCUUGACUCCCGGUGGGCGGGUCAACAGGUCCAUGGACAUUAGUCGGACUUGGGUUCCUCUUGGGGACACCACAGUACAAAGCUCGACAGCUCACUGA